AUGAAAUCGACGUUGAAGUCGCUUCUUUGCGACAAGUUCUGGUACUGGGACUCGAAUGACGAAUCCUGGAUCGAAUUCAAGACAAACGGCACGGGGAAUCUCUUUGCCCGCCGCGAGUUUUGCAUGUUCAUCGCCGCAGAGUUCGACUGGAAAGCCCAGAAUCCCGAGAUACUCGACUCCGAAAUCGAUACACGAAGCUCUCCAUCCCUUUUUUUUUCGCCGUUCAAAAAGAACAAACCGGUCGUAGUUGACAAGAAACAAGGCAACGCUGCAGUCAAUUCCUUACGUCUCUCUGACGAUGCCUUCACCUCCCGGAAAUUUGCCAUCCGUAUCGAGAAAGGCGAGUUUAUCACAGGAGAAGAUAAGAAACUAGGAUUGUCCACUUCGGCUGCGGCGAAUUUCGCAUACAGGCUUGUCUUCGAUUUGUCCCCGUAUCCCCCACAAAAUAUGUGGAAAGAAGAUACCUCGGGGGAUCCAUUGGGUAAACUUCGGAUCUGGGAGUGGAAUGAGUUUUGUGCACAGCGAGAGCCACGGAGUUCAUGGGCGUGGAAGAUCUUCGGAAGGUUCUUUGGAUAG